UGGGCGGUGCGGGGGCGGGGCCGGUCGUCAGCUGACGGUGGCGGCGGCGGCGACGGCGGCAGCGGCAGCCUCGCGGGACAACCGUCGGGUUGCAGCUCCGCGCUGAGCGUUACCGGCGCGUCAGCUCUCGGGGGGCGAGGCGCGGGGCCGGCCGGGCCAUGGCGACCACCGUCAGCACGCAGCGCGGGCCGGUGUACGUCGGGGAGCUGCCACAGGACUUCCUGCGCAUCACGCCCACGCAGCAGCAGCAGCAGAUCCAGCUGGACGCGCAGGCCGCGCAGCAGCUACAGUACGGAGGCGCGCUGGGCACGCUGGGCCGCCUCAGCGUCACCGUGGUGCAGCAGACACCAGAGCCAUGCCUGGCGGGUCGUUGUGCCCAGUGAGCUUUGGGGAGACUUUCCUCAGGCACUGUGUGCUUGCAGCGCAGCCCAGGCCAAGUUGGCAAAGAACUACGGCAUGACCCGCAUGGACCCGUACUGCCGACUGCGCCUGGGCUACGCAGUGUACGAGACACCCACGGCCCACAAUGGUGCCAAGAACCCGCGCUGGAACAAGGUUAUCCAGUGCACGGUGCCCCCAGGCGUGGACUCCUUCUACCUCGAGAUCUUCGACGAGCGAGCCUUCUCCAUGGACGACCGCAUCGCCUGGACACACGUGACGAUCCCCGAGGCGCUGAAGCAGGGCAAGGUGGUGGACGAAUGGUACAGCCUGAGCGGGCGGCAGGGCGAUGACAAGGAAGGCAUGAUCAACCUAGUGCUGUCCUACACGUCGCUGCCAGCUGCCAUGAUGAUGCCGCCCCAGCCUGUGGUCCUGAUGCCCACCGUGUACCAGCAGGGCGUUGGCUACGUGCCCAUCACAGGGAUGCCCGCCGUGUGUGGCCCUGGCAUGGUGCCUGUGGCCCUGCCCCCGGCCGUGAGCGCCCAGCCCCGCUGCAGCGAGGAGGACCUGAAGGCCAUCCAGGACAUGUUCCCCAACAUGGACCCCGAGGUGAUCCGCUCGGUGCUGGAGGCCCAGCGGGGCAGCAAGGAUGCGGCCAUCAACUCCCUGCUGCAGAUGGGCGAGGAGUCCUAGACGCGCCCCGCUGCCAGCCCGGCUCCCGGAGCACUGUCCCCAGCAGACCCCUGUGACCGCGCCCCACGUAGCUCCCUCCUCAGACGUCUCUGUAGCCCAGUCCACACCCUUGUUCAGGAUGCAUGUGGUGUUCGGUUCCUGCAGUCGUUCUCAAUGUGGUCGGGGUGGGUGGGGUGCCUCUCCUCCUGCUUUGUGUCGGAGGGCCGUGUCCCAUGUGCACACCCGCCUUCCCGCCAUCCUGGAAGCAGCUGUCCCCUCCAGGGCCCUUGUGCCGAGCCUCCUGUGGUCUGACUGGUGCCCUGCAGUGAUGCAGCCUGAUCAGGGAGACCCGCUGACGUAAGGCACGUAGAGUCCACUAACAACGGGUUUGGGCUCACUUAGGACUUGCAGCUGGAAGUGCAUCUCCUCCCCUUGGUGGUGUUUGUGGGCUGCCCAGCCGUGUCCCGGGCCGGCCUCGGCACAGAGCCAGCCUGAGUGCAGAGGAGUCGAGUCUGCGCCUGGCGGCCGGAGCCCUGGGCCCUCGUCUCUCCUGCUGUCUCGCCCCCUCCGUGCGAUGCUGCCCCGGGGGGUCACCGCUUCUCCCCUGGUUGCACUCUGGCAACAGAACUAAAAUUGGGGGUGUAAGAAACAGAUCCGGUCUUUGUACUUGUUUAUUAAAGGGCGUUUAGGA